CAGAGUCUCUCACCUAUGAAAUUUCAGAGGUUUCUCUCCCUGCUGCUAGUUUUAUUAGCUUGCUUUGUUUGUUCGUCUCAUUGCUAUACUUUCUAUGUUGGUGGGAAAGAAGGCUGGGUUUUGCACCCUAAUCAGAAAUAUAAUGAUUGGGCUGGUAAACAGAGGUUCCAAGUCAAUGAUGUACUAAUUUUUAAAUAUGAGAAAGGAUCAGACUCUGUUUUGUUGGUGAAGAAAGAUGAUUACUACAAGUGUGAACGAAAGCAUCCUUUGAUGGAAAUGAGCAAUGGAACUUCGGAGUUCAAGUUUCCCCAUUCGGGUCCUUUCUUCUUCAUUAGUGGUAAAGAGGAUCAUUGUUCAAAGGGUCAAAAAAUGAUCACCGUUGUCAUGGCGGAGAGACACGGUACUCCGUCGAUACAUCCACCACCGAUUGUUAAGCCCCCAGGGAAAUCACCAUAUCCGGGGCCUAUUGCUUAUCCACCCAAAGGCUCCUCCUCUUCACCGGCUCAGUCACCCGAGCACCAUGGCCCUGUUGCUAAGCCUCCGACGGGUUCAACUCCGGGGCCAGCACAGUCUCCUUAUCACCAUGGACCCAUUUCAAGUCCACCUUCUUCGGUCCCCACUGGCUCACCCAUGGCUCAUGGUCCUACGCCAUCUACUCAUCAUGCACCACAGUACGGUCCGACGCAGUCUCCGGUGGCUCAUGGUCCUACGCCAUCUACUCAUCAUGCACCACAGUACGGUCCGACGCAGUCUCCGGUGGCUCAUGGUCCUACGCCAUCUACUCAUCAUGCACCACAGUACGGUCCGACGCGGUCUCCGAUGGCUCAUGGUCCUACUCCAUCUACUCAUCAUGCACCACAGUACGGUCCGACGCAGUCUCCGGUGGCUCAUGGUCCUACUGCAAACCCACCUACGUCAACAUCUCCUUCACCAUCUUCUUCAACUCCCGGCGGUUUAUCACCGGCACCGUCUACGGGUCCGGGUUUAAGUCCACCGGCACCUCCACAAGGCAUUUCUCCUUCUCCUACAACUUCGCCUUCCGGUUCUCCGGUACCGUCCGGAAAUCAAACCAGUACCCCGCCCAACGGGUCAUCUGCCACAGCGACUUAUUCCAGUGUUCUGGUGCUUGCUGCUAGCGUCUUGUUUAGUAUGAUCUUUUAGGAGAUUUUAGAAAUGAUAAAUAAUUUUUGUAAUUUUUUUUUGGAAUCCUUAUAGGUGAUUUUCUUUUUUUAAUUUUCAGUUAUGAUUAUUCGAUAUUUCAUAUUA